AUGGGUAUUUUGCUUGUAUAUGACGUUACUGACGAAUCUUCUUUUAACACCAAUUCAAUUAUUCAACAGUUCAAUUGGACAAUUUGGCUUGCAAUGUGUUUUAAGUUCUUUUACAUGACAAUACAACUUAUUUUACUGUGUCCAGAUCAUGUGCUUCAAAUGAAUUGGAUUCGUAACAUUGAGCAGCAUGCUUCUGACAAUGUUAACAAGAUACUGGUAGGCAACAAAGCUGAUAUGGAUGAAAGCAAACGGGGCCAAUGGAGAGGUGUUGACCCUGUCGUCUUUUUUAAAGAUGACACAAUUAUUAAUAGUAUAAGGGACUUUUAUGGGAUUGAUGAGGGUUUUCCAUUCAAUGGCCACCUUAUUACACGAAACAGUGAUACCAGUCACGUGAAAAGAAUUUACUAUGUCUCCAAGUUUGUCAAGGAUAUUCUUGAGUUGAACUUUUCAGCUGGGCAGCAACUGAAAAUAACCUCAGUUGGCAUGAAGAUGUUUGAAAGACAAACAGCACGAGAAGGUACCGAUGCACCAUGUGCUUUCAGGAUAUCAUCUAAAGGAUUGCCCCUUAUUCUCCCAUACAUAACAAAGCAAAUUAUACAGGCUUCUCCCGUGGACUUCAAGCAUCUUCUGCAAGACAAAGAUGUAAAAUUUACAGAUUUUGCUGAUGCCGAGUUUGGUAAAAAGGCAGAAAAUCUAUUGCCAGGCUGUUGCGUGAUAGUUCUGGGUAAAGAGAACACAGUUACUAAAGAGUCCCUCAAAGUUGAUGAGUCAACAAUAGCCAUCGGAUGCUGGAGGGGUAGGGCAAGGUUGUCAGUGAUGGUUACUGCAAUGGACUGCCAAGAAUUGCUUGAAAGGCUUUUAAUACGUCUAGACACAGAAAAGGGCUCUUCUGGGCAUGUCGGAGGUGAAGCCUGUACAGAAGUUGAACAAUAAAGACCAUGAUGUUAAAGCUACUGACAGUUAGAGGACUCCUCAACUGAUAUUUAAUACUCUGUUGUAACAGAUAUUUAUUCACUCAUGAAAUGAUGAUUUUUUCCUUCACUCAUGAACUUUCAAUUAUAAGUUUUUGUUAUUAGUUUCUUAGACCUUGGUUCAUUUUUGUACUAGUACUCAUAAUCUAAAGCUUGAAAAGUUUGCCUAAAUUGUUUGAGAAACACUCUACAGUUGAGAGGUUCAGCAUGAAA